AUGCCGGAUUUCGGGUAUCUGAUUGACAAUGCAAAGAGGAGUAUUCUGGGGUUGAAGGAGCCAAGUACUGCGACAGAAUCAAAAACACCAGCGGUUGACGAUUUAUUUACCAAGGUCGAUCCUGCUGUUGAUGGCGACGAUUGCAACCACGAUUGCGCAAGCUGCGAUAUAAAGUACCCAACGAAAUUUUCAAUCGACGAAAGCGACGAGAUUUAUGGGAAUAUUAAAGCAUGGAGCACUCAUGUCCUGGUCGCAACCGGAAAGACAGACUGGGUAAGAGAUGUGGGGGAUGAGAAGGGGAGCAUAAUGGAGGCGUUUGACAAGACCUCCGUUAAGCCAAGUAAUGGCAAAUUAAAGCUCUCCGCGUCGAAUAUUCCGACUCCAACACAUCACAAUGACUAUGCGGAGCCGACGACAGUUUUAAUCCUCCCUGCAUUCACAAUCGUCGAGAAUGUCACCCCUUCAUCAGUACCCGACUUAAUCACAUCCUUCAUCAAUCAUUCUCCAACAACUAUGUCGAGUUUAGUUCCGAAUUCCGUUCCUAUAUCACUCCGAGACCCGCUACCAACAGCCUCAGAGCUGGUCGCUCGCCCGUGCCCCCACAAAGCGUUAAUACUUCUAUGUUCGCAAAGAACACGAGAUGCUCGUUGCGGGCAGAGCGCGCCGCUAUUACGGAAAGAACUGGAGAGGCAUUUGCGGCCAUUGGGUCUCUUUCGGGACCUUGAUGAUGAGAGGCCAGGCGGUGUGGGAAUCUACUUUAUUAGCCAUGUUGGUGGACACAAAUAUUCGGCCAAUAUGAUGGUGUACAGGAAAGAAAACCCGUGGGGCCUGGAUGACGUAGAAAGGGCAACAGCUAAUGGCGACUUUCACGUCCCAGCGACGCCUGCUGGCGCUGAAAUUGUCGAGUAUAGUGCUGCUCAGUGCAUCUGGCUUGCGAGAGUUUUCCCCAAUGACUGCGAGAACAUUGUCAAGUAUACAAUCCUCCAAGGAAAGGUUGUCAAGCCAGAGCGGCAGCUUAGAGGUGGCUUCGACAGAACACGUGGGGUUUUCAGUUGGUAG